AUGGCAUCAUAUGUGACUCUUAUUGACGAUGAUUCUAAACAACGGUAUUAUAACACGAAACCAAAAACCACUUUGAAAAUCUUGAUAAAGCGUCGUUGUUCGAGACUCGUAAAAACAGUUAAAAAGAAUCACUUGUACACCAAUUUAAAACGCUAUUAUUUUGAUUUAUGCAUGAUGGCUGCGACCCAUUAUGGCAGCAGUGAUUUCGCACGCUAUAAAUACGGAUUGAAGUUGACCAACAGUACAUACCGCCAUAAUUCUGUCUUAUUCGCUCAGCAAGAGAAUUCAUUGUAUUCGUGGGACCUGAACAGCGCUUAUACAUCGGAUUAUUUGACAUCGUACCCUGAUUACAUCAAUGAUGAUUAUCUAUGGAACAACUCCUGUACCUGUUCGAUCUGCAGAAACCAGUUGGAACGUUUUAAGUAUUAUCCUCAGUCCAACGGAGGGUGCAAUUUGUGCUGGGCAGAGUUUGCCGCUACUACUCACGAGAAUUUAGAUGUUCUGCAGGAUUAUUCAGCAUGCACUAACCACGGUUAUCUUUGUACUGAAAGCACAUGUCCAAUUGUCGCCAAAUUGGCCCUUUUAAAAUAUGAAAACUAUAACAACAGCUGCUACUGGAAUGACUGCGUAGAAAUGGGUGAUUUCUCUUCCAUAAGACGAAAUGUGUACGACAUCAAUUGUUUAGACUACGGGCAUACUGACUAUAACAGAUACUCGGAUCCUGGAAUUAUAGAUUACUGGCCCUCCAAUAAUGAAAACCUUACGAAUUGUACAAAAUGCUUGUACAAAAACGUAUGCCUCCAAUAUAACAUAUAA